GAGAGAGAGAUCCAAUUCUAAGGCCGGGAACGGAAAAUAUGGCGGAGAUGUCUUACCUUCAGAUCCACGAUGCUAACGAUGCCGUUUUCGACCAUUACCACCACCACCAUCACCUGAGAGAUCAACCCCUUUCUCAGAUCCUCGAUUCGCUUCCUCACUGGGUCCAAUCGGAUAACGUCGAUCUCGACCUCUCAGAAUCCAAUUUUUCUUCCGGCCACGUUACGGUGCCCGAUUUAGUAGUAUUCACGGCUGACGAAGGUCUUGAUCUGCUCGAUAGGCGUAGCUUUGUCAUGGAUCUGUUUCACCAGCGCGUCGAGCAAUCUCUUGUAAGUCCCCUUAUUGAUGACGGAAUCGACGAUUUCGAAAAUUACGAGAUACGUGGGGAUAGUUCGGAACUUGAUUUUGGAUUGGAGUUAGAAUCUAGUAGCGGUUUCGUUGAUAACAGUGAUCUUGUUGUUAACCUUAAUGAACACGGUUUCGUUGAUGGGAUGAGGCUAUUAGGGUUUGAAUCAGGCGAUGUUAUAGUUACGGUGGAAUCUGGUUUUGGUUCUGAUGAUGGAGAUGAGCCGGCGGAGGAGGAGGAUGGUGAGAUUUGGGGAAUAGAUUUGAAUGAAGAUGAUGAGUAUGUGAAUGAUGAUGCUAGUGUGACAUUACCUCUUUGUUGGGAUUCACUUCAAUUGGAAGAGUUAGGAAUGAACAACGAGGAGUUCGAGUGGGAAGAAGUUGAUGGUGAUGAUGAAGAAAGGGAGGUUUUAAGUGUUUUAGCAGAAGAAGCUGAUGAGAACAAUUCGGUAUCAGUCUCUGUUACAGCCACAAUCUCUUUAGAAGAUCUAGCGAUAAGUGAGAGAAGGGGAAGUAGUAGUCUAGGGUGGGAAGUUUUGUUGAAUUCUACUAGUCUCGAGUUUAACCUAGAUGAUGCAGAAAGCAACAUGGAGUUAUACAUUGGUGAUAUUGAUCGUGAGGAAGAAGAUGAUGAUGAAGAUUAUGAUCUUCAUACAACAGAGUAUGAUAUGUUGUUUGAGGCUGAGAUUUCAUCUGGUCUUGGUAAGCCUCCAGCAUCUAAAUCAUUCAUAAAGAAUCUGAAAGUGUUUCCUUUGACGAAUGAGGAUGUGAUGGAGAACGGUGACGGGAUGUGCUGUUGUGCGGUUUGCAAAGAAGAGAUGAGUUUGGGUGAGGAGGUUGCAGAGUUGCCUUGUAGACAUAAGUACCAUAGUGAAUGUAUUGUUCCAUGGCUUGGGAUUAGGAACACAUGUCCUGUUUGUCGUUUUGAGCUGCCUUCAGAUUAAAGACUGAGCAGGAUCAAGGUUUUUGAAGACCAUAGGUGUUAACAAGAGAUGAGAUGAGGACUUGCUUGUGUAAUUAAUAUGAUAACUUGACUUUGUAGGUCUUAACUCAUAAGAGCCUGUAGAUUGUAGAAGAUAAUCACAUUCACAUGUCUUAUAUGAACGAAAUUAUAUGUGUUUUUAUUCCCUCUUACAAGAUUUGUAUUCUUACAUUCAACAAUCCAAACUUGAAUUGACUCUGUGA